CACCUACGCGGCAACACAGGGAGGGCGAACGCCCGCAUCUUUUGAGCGCCGGGAAUCUGUAGCUUCAUGAAUAAUAAUUAAUGAUGCGCGAAGAGCGCUCGAAGUUACACCUAGUCUAGGAGGAGGGGGAAAGGGACCAAAAAGGCCUUUUAGGCCCGCCCCCGGGCUGGCCUGUAACCUAGGAGACGGACGGAGCUUUCAGAGAGGGACGAGUUAACACCCUCAGCGAGGAGUUCACAAGUCAGAGAAGGGACCAAAAAGGCCUUUUAGGCCCGCCCCCGGGCUGGCCUGUAACCUAGGAGACGGACGGAGCUUUCAGAGAGGGACGAGUUAACACCCUCAGCGAGGAGUUCGCAAGUCAGAGAAGGGACCAAAAAGGCCUUUUAGGCCCGCCCCCGGGCUGGCCUGUAACCUAGGAGACGGACGGAGCUUUCCGGGAGGGACGAGUUAACACCCUCAGCGAGGAGUUCACAAGUCAGAGAAGGGACCAAAAAGGCCUUUUAGGCCCGCCCCCGGGCUGGCCUGUAACCUAGGAGACGGACGGAGCUUUCAGAGAGGGACGAGUUAACACCCUCAGCGAGGAGUUCACAAGUCAGAGAAGGGACCAAAAAGGCCUUUUAGGCCCGCCCCCGGGCUGGCCUGUAACCUAGGAGACGGACGGAGCUUUCAGGGAGGGACGAGUUAACACCCUCAGCGAGGAGUUCGCAAGUCAGAGAAGGGACCAAAAAGGCCUUUUAGGCCCGCCCCCGGGCUGGCCUGUAACCUAGGAGACGGACGGAGCUUUCCGGGAGGGACGAGUUAACACCCUCAGCGAGGAGUUCACAAGUCAGAGAAGGGGCAGGGACGCGGAAAGCAGCCGGCGGUUGUCAUGACGACGCCGCAGUCACUUCCGGAUCCGGCGAUGGUUAAAUAGCUGGGACCGGCGCUUCAGUCCCAGUAGUCUAAGCCGGUUUGGCGAGUGGAGCUGAGGGUCUGCUUGUCAGGAACCUCCCGAUCUCCUUCUUUCAGGCGGUUCACUACGCUGCCCGGCACUGGCCAUGACGAGCUUGGGCACCAGCAGCCAGACUGUGACCGAGUAUGUGGUCCGCGUUCCCAGGAACAACCUCAAGAGGUACAACAUCAUGGCGUUCAACGCGGCCGACAAAGUCAACUUCUCCACCUGGCACCAGGCCAAGAUGGAACGGGAUCUGAGCAACAAGAAGAUCUACCAGGAGGAAGAGAUGCCAGAAUCUGGGGCUGGCAGUGAGUUUAACCGGAAGCUCCGGGACGAGGCCAGGAGGAAGAAGUGGCAUCCCUCAGACCGGGACAAGGCCAGCCCUGGCCCUCAAAGUCAAUGGAAAACAGGAGGAGGCUCUGGCCUCUUCCGGCUUCCUCCAGCCUUAGGGGAUGAGGGCCCCGGGAGCCCCUGGGACUGCCCCUCCUGGAGACCCUGCAUGAUGCACAGCCUUGUUUGCAGGAGGAACAAAGUCCUGAACCACUUCAGCAUCAUGCAGCAGCGGCGGCUGAAGGACCAGGACCACAACGAGGAUGAAGAUGAGCAUAAAGAGAAGAAGAACCGGAAGAAGCCCAGUGAGCUCCGCAUCCACGACCUGGAGGAUGACCUGGAGAUGAGCUCUGAUGACAGCAACAGCAGUGGGGAGGAGGGAGAGAAGGUCCCCAAGAGCAAGAAGAAGGCAGCUCCCUCCAGAGGGGGCAAGAAGAAGAAGAAGAAGGGCUCUGAUGAUGAGGCCUUUGAGGACAGCGAUGAUGGGGACUUUGAGGGCCAGGAGGUGGACUACAUGUCAGAUGGCUCCAGCAGCUCUGAGGAGGAGGCAGUAGGGAAAGCGAAGGUGGUCCAGCAGGAGGAGGAUGGCCCUAAAGGUAUUGAUGAGGAAAGUGAAAGCAGUGAGGAGAGUGAGGAAGAGAAGCCCCCUGAGGAGGAGGAGAAGGAGGAAGAAGAUAAGAAGGCCCCCAACCCGCAGGAGAAGAAGAAGAGGAAAGGAGACAGCAGCGAGGAGUCAGACACCUCCGAGGAGAGCGACAUCGACAACGAGGCGUCCUCGGCCCUCUUCAUGACUAAGAAGAAGACCCCCCCCAAGAGGGAGCAGAAGGCCUCGGGCAACAGCUCCAGGGGCAACAGCCGCCCAAGCACUCCCAGCGUGGACAGCGGCAGUACGUCCUCCACCCUGCGGGCAGCUGCCAGCAAGCUGGAGCAAGGGAAGCGGCAGACGGGACCCAGUGAUACGCCUGCUGCCAAGCGCCUGAGGCUGGAUGCCGGGCCUCAGAGCAUCUCAGGGAAAUCCACCCCUCAGCCUCAGUCCGGCAAGUCCACGCCCAGCAGCGGUGAUGUGCAGGUGACAGAGGACGCGGUCAGGCGCUACCUGACCCGAAAGCCCAUGACCACCAAGGACCUGCUGAAGAAGUUCCAGACCAAGAAGACGGGGCUCAGCAGCGACCAGACAGUCAACGUGCUGGCCCAGAUCUUGAAGCGCCUCAACCCGGAGCGCAAGAUGAUCAAUGACAAGAUGCACUUCUCUCUCAAGGAGUGAGGCGGCCGCCGGGACACAGCCGGGGCAAUAAAAGCAGUUCAGUCUUUUU